AUGGUAUACCAAAGAGAAGAAACCGACCAAAUCGAAUCAGCCAGACGUAUCGAGAGGGACGAAAGAAAGAAACAAAGGGCUGAAAAGAGGGCUGAAAAGAGGGCUGAGAAAUCAGAAAGGGCUGAGAAGGUUGAACAACCUGAAGGGGGAAACAAUCGUUAUCGUUACCGUUAUCGUAAUCGUCGUUCUGAGAGGGAUAAUAAUAAUACAAUUAUUCAAGGGGUUCAAAAUAUUGAUUUGGGUAAUCAAUCUAACAACAACAACAAUGCAACCACCACUGCUGAACCAACAACUCCAACUCCAAAUCCAACUUUGGAUCAACAACAACAACUAACCAACAAUCAAUCAAACAACACUGAUGACAAAGUAGAACAACCAAAGGAAAAGGUAUGGGAGAAGUAUGCAAAGAGAUCAAAAGAUAGAUAUGAAAAGAAUUCGAUUAGAAAGCUAAUCAAUGAAGCAUUAAAGGGAUAUGAAAAGGGUUCCAAUGUGACAGUUGAGGAGAUCCUUAACAAAUCUAUUGCUCUUCAAACCCCAAAAGAUUCAAAAUUAUUUUGCAAAUGA